AUGGAAAAUAGAAAAUCUUUACAUGACCCAACUAUUGUGCCAGGUAAUUUGCAGUGGCCUUCCAAGAAACAGAAGAGAUUAGAUGCAUUGCAUUUAGCAACUGGAAGUAGUACACCAAUCCUGGUUCAAGAUCACUCUACCAGUUCUGAACAAGGGAACUCAGAUGCUGGUUUAUCAGAUACAAAUGAACUUAAAACGACCAACAACGAAUCCAUGGGACAUACUUCAAAGGAACUUGUUUGUUAUGGUAGUUCUUCCUGCAAUAAAUCUAUGGAUGAUGUGAAAGAUGAACCAAAAGAUGUAAUAGAAGUACUGAAGCAGCUGUCCAAAUAUACAGGAGGCCAAACUGAAGGACAGUGUAGCAGCAGCUCUGAAUGGAAGGCAGUAGAGAAAGAAUUAUACAUGAAGGGAUUAGAGAUAUUUGGGAGAAACAGUUGCCUCAUAGCCAGGAACUUACUUUCUGGCUUCAGAACUUGCUUGGAAGUGUCCAUUUUCAUGCAUGAUGCUGAAGCUUCAAUGCCUAACAGAUCUGUUGUUGGAUUCAUGGAAGACAAUGGAAAAGCUGACACAGAUCAGAGUGAACAAGAUAUGCAGACAAAGUCACGGUCAUUUCGUAGGAGGGGCAAAGCACGGAGGCUUAAAUAUUCUUGGAAGUCUGCAGGUCACCCAUCAGUCUGGAAAAGGAUUGCUGAUGGAAAAAACCAGUCUCGCAAACAACAUAUACCAUGUGGAUGCCAGUCUGCAUGUGGAAAGGAAUGUUCUUGUCUGCAAAAUGGAACCUGCUGCGAGAAAUACUGUGGAUGCUCAAAGAGCUGCAAAAACAGAUUCAGGGGCUGCCACUGUGCAAAAAGUCAAUGCCGAAGUAGGCAGUGCCCCUGCUUUGCCGCCGAUCGUGAAUGUGACCCAGAUGUCUGUCGCAAUUGUUGGGUUAGUUGUGGGGAUGGUUCAUUAGGAGAGCCGCCAAAACAGGGCGAUAGUCAAUGUGGAAACAUGAGGCUUCUUCUAAGGCAACAACAGAGGAUUCUCUUGGGUAAAUCUGAUGUUGCUGGGUGGGGAGCCUUUUUAAAGAACCCUGUAAGCAAAAAUGAUUAUCUUGGUGAAUAUACUGGUGAACUUAUCUCCCACGAGGAAGCAGAUAGACGUGGGAAGAUUUAUGAUCGUGCAGACUCGUCAUUCCUUUUUGACUUGAACGAUCAGUGGGUCCUAGAUGCUUACCGAAAAGGAGACAAGCUCAAAUUUGCAAACCACUCAAAGAAACCUAACUGUCAUGCAAAGGUAAUGCUGGUCGCGGGAGAUCACAGAGUAGGCAUAUUUGCCAAGGAGCAUAUUGAUGCUGGUGAGGAGAUCUUCUUUGAUUACUGUUACCCACCGGAAACCGAAAUCCCAUGGGCUCAAGCUGAGGGUACGACGAGGGAUGAUUCAUCUGUCUCCCAAGUCAGAGCAAAGAAACACCAAUCUCAUUAAAUGGAAAAUUGGCAUGGCUUGGGGUUGUAUAUACUGAAUAAUA